CAUUUUUGAUUAGCUACAAACGAUGAUGAAUAUCAAUAAAAAAGACAAAGACCAAGAUUACGAAAAUCUUAUUCAAAAAGUUUUUGAAUUCAAGUGCCAAAAAUAUCUGCACGAAAAACGAAAAAAAUUACAAGAUGACCCCGCGAUUAAGCUUCGAGAAAAAAUGCGUAGGAAAGAAGCUGAAUAUGAAGCUAAAUUGUUGGGGAAAGACGCAGAAUGGAAACAAAAUCACAAAGAAUUGAACAAUUUUCUGAUUGAAAAUUUUCAAAAUCAAAAUAAAAUUUUAAACAAUGUUCGAAAAAGAUUAAUCAAAACAAUACCAGCCGUCGAAAGAGAUCUAAAAAAUUUACUUCGAGAAGAACAAAAACUGGUUCUAUUGAUGGAAAAUAAAAUGCAAAAAUUUAAUAUGGAACAACAGUUUUUGGUCGAAAAGCUGCAGAAAAAAUUGAACAAUGAAGAAAUGACUUGGCUGAAAGAAUUUAUACGUGAUUGGGAUGAACAAACGGAAAACAUUGUUCAAAUGAUGCGAAAUGGUUUUGAAAUUAACCCCAUUGACUUGAAUGUAUCGUUUGGAUUAUGUCCGGAAAUUGCCGUCAUAGAACCUACAUUUAAUAAGAACGUAGAAAAAACGGAUGAUAUCAGCAUAAGCAACGAGGAACUGACCCCAUCUACAGGAGAACCAGUUACGACAACAAUUGAAAUCGUCAAGCCAAAAAAAUCCGUAAGAUUUUCCAAAAUUUUAAAACCAGUAAAUCGACAGGAGAAAGCUGAACCAGAAAAAAAAUUUUUCGACGAAAAAUCGUUUGAAAUGUCCAAAAUUAAUGAAUCCAACAGCAAAAUGGAAUUCAACUUCGAUGAAGAUAGCGACUUAACAAAAAAAGAUACUUUUGAGGAUUCAAAAGACAAUUUCAAGACUGAUUUUGCAUUCAAUUUCGAGCAAUCAAUCGAGACAGUUGCCGAGAAUGCAGUGGAAAAUUUCAUGUUCAACUUUAGCAGUAUGGAAUAAAGCUAAAACGAAACAUUUGAAUUUUUUC